AAGGGAAGUCGGGCUGCCUCGGCGGGGCAGCCAGCAGCUCCCACCGCUCGCUGCGGGCUGCCGUUCGUGUCGACUGCCCAGAGUCCAUGAACUAGCCCUGCCCGCCCUCGCCCGCGCUGCUCAGCAAGCUCACCAGCCAUGGCCUACCACAGCUUCCUGCUGGAGCCCAUCAGCUGCCAUGCCUGGAACAAGGACCGGACCCAGAUCGCCCUCUGCCCCAACAACCACGAGGUCCACAUCUACCGCAAGGAUGGGGCCAAGUGGAACAAAGUCCACGAGCUGAAGGAGCACAAUGGGCAGGUGACAGGCAUCGACUGGGCCCCCGAGAGCAACCGCCUGGUGACGUGCGGGACUGACCGCAACGCCUACGUCUGGACCCUGAAGGGCAACGUCUGGAAACCCACCCUGGUGAUCCUGCGGAUCAACCGCGCUGCGCGCUGUGUCAAGUGGUCCCCCAAGGAGAACAAGUUCGCUGUGGGCAGCGGCUCCCGGCUCAUCUCCAUCUGCUACUUCGAGCAGGAGAAUGACUGGUGGGUCUGCAAGCACAUCAAGAAGCCCAUCCGCUCGACAGUGCUCAGCCUGGACUGGCACCCCAACAAUGUCCUCCUGGCCGCCGGCUCCUGUGACUUCAAGUGCCGGAUCUUCUCAGCCUACAUCAAGGAGGUGGAGGAGCGUCCCAGCCCCACGCCGUGGGGCUCCAAGAUGCCCUUUGGGGAGCUGAUGUUUGAAUCGAGCAGCAGCUGCGGGUGGGUGCACAGCAUCUGCUUCUCGGCCAGCGGCACCCGCGUGGCCUGGGUGAGCCACGACAGCACCCUCUGCCUCGCCGACGCCAACAAGAAGAUGGCUGUUGCCUCCCUGUGCACCGAGACAUUGCCCCUCCUGGCUGUCACCUUCAUCACUGAGAACAGCCUGGUUGCUGCGGGCCACGACUGCUACCCGAUGCUGUUCACCUAUGAGGAGGGCCAGGGCACGCUGACCUUCGGGGGGAAGCUGGAUGUCCCCAAGCAGAGCUCCCAGCGUGGCCUCACCGCCCGCGAGCGCUUCCAGAACCUGGACAAGAAAGCGAGCUCAGACACUGCCAACGCCACGCUGGACACCCUGCACAAGAACAGCAUCAGCCAGAUCUCAGUGCUGGUGGGAGGGAAGGCCAACUGCUCUCAGUUCUGCACCACGGGGAUGGACGGGGGCAUGAGCAUCUGGGACGUCAAGAGCCUGGAGUCAGCGCUGAAGGAUCUCAGGAUCAAGUGAAGGAGCCGUGCUGCCAGCCCGCCCCUGCUUUGCCGCGCCUGCCGCUCCCCCUGUGCCACACGAGCCGGCCGCGAUGCCACCGGCGCUUCCCCGGCUGCCACCCAGCCCCGGCGGCUGCUCUCACAGGAAGAAACCAAGCGUUCUGUUCUAUUUUUGUUACCAUCCCACCCAGUGCUGGUCAUACAUAGCUUCAACAAUAAAAAAUGAAGUAAGGAUUUUCCUGUAUAAA